AUGUCCAGCACCACUGAACCCUCGCAGUCGACGCAUCUGCAUUACCUCCGACAUGCCCUGUCCCUUGCCCGUCAGUCACCUCCCAAGCCGACGAAUUUCUGUGUCGGGUGUGUGAUCGUGUCGUUCCCUCGGCAGUCUUCAUCUUCAUCUUCAACUUCGUCCGGGCAGCCUGCAGAAAACGACGAAGACGAAAACGACAACAAGAAGGCUGCUGCUGCUGCUGCUGCUGCUGCUGCUGUGGAAGGAGAGGUGCUGGCCACGGGGUAUACGCUGGAGCUGGAGGGCAACACGCACGCGGAGCAGAACGCGCUGACGAAACUCGCGCGCCAGCACGCCCUCACUCCUCCUUCUGCUUCCCCGUCGCCCGCAGACCUGGAGCGGCUGGGACAACUCGUCCUCACCCCGGACCGGAACGUGCAUUUGUACACGACGCUGGAGCCGUGCGGGAAGCGACUCAGCGGGAACGUGCCGUGCGUGCAGCGGAUCAUUGCGACCACCACCACCACCACCACGACCUCGAUUACAGGGGCGGACGGCGGCAGCGGCGGCGGCGGCGGUGGUGGUAUUAGGAAAGUCGUCUUCGGCGCGCACGAGCCCGGCACGUUCGUGCAGGACUCGCAGAGCCUGAAGAUGCUGGACGCCGCGGGCGUGGCCUGGGAGUACGUGCCGGGGCUGGACGAGGAGAUUCUCAGCGUGGCCAAGGCCGGGCAUGUGCCAGGAGAAGCGGAGGGCGAGGGGGCAUCUUCUUCAUCAGGAGCAGUAGCAACGGCAGCGGCAAAGGACAAGGGGACGAAUGUCGACGAUAUCUCGCCCGAGGAAAGAAGGCGGCAGGAGGCACUGCCUCGAAACCCGAAGAAGAGGAUGAUGGAGGUCGAUGUCCCGCCGUCGUGA